UCCUCCCUCCCCUCCUCUUCCUUCCCCUUUCCAUUGGCUCCCCCCUCCCUCCUCCCCCUUGCUCGCAGGUCUGGCCAGAAGGGUCUCCAUCUAUCUUGACAGGAGUAAGCAAGGAGGUGCGGGCAUGGUGGUGGACUGGGAGCAGGACACGGGUCUGCUGAUGACAUCUGGAGACGUCCGGGUCAUCAGGAUCUGGGACACGGACCGGGAGAUGAAAGUGCAGGACAUCCCCACAGGAGCCGACAGCUGUGUGACCAGCCUGUCCUGCGACUCCCAGCGCUCGCUCAUCGCCGCCGGCCUCGGCGACGGCUCUGUCCGCGUCUUCGACCGGCGGAUGGGUCCAAAUGAAUGUCGGGUGAUGACCUACAGGGAGCAUGGAGCCUGGGUGGUCAAAGCUCAUCUCCAGAAGGAGCCAGACGGACACGUUAUCAGCGUCAGCGUCAAUGGAGACGUCCGGUUCUUCGAACCGCGGACUCCGGACUCCGUCAACAUGCUGCAGACCGUGAAGGGGCUGACGGCCUUGGACAUCCACCCACAGGCCAACCUGUUCGCGUGUGGAUCAAUGAACCAGUUCAUAGCUGUGUAUAACGCUAACGGCGACGUGAUCAGCAACAUUAAGUAUUACGACGGCUUCAUGGGACAACGCAUUGGAGCCAUCAGCUGUCUGGCCUUCCAUCCUUACUGGCCUCAUUUGGCCGUAGGCAGCAACGAUUACUACAUGUCCAUCUAUUCAGCAGAGAAGCGGCUGAGAUAACACCAGCGUUCAUCGCCCACCCCCCCACCACCACCAAAGCCGCCACAUAUGACUUUUGACCCAGAGCGUUGAUCUCUGGGAUGUAAAUGAUUUAUUAUUUUUUGUUGUUGCUGUUGUAAAUAUGAAGUUUACCACCCUGAAUGUCCUUGUUAUGGCUGCUGACAAAAACCAUGCUAUGAACGAUUACAUAUAAUAUUAUUAUUGUUUAUUCGUACUCUUAUUAUGAAGCUAAUGAUUGUACACUUGGCUGGGUGGAGGAGUGUGUAUAUUUAAAUAGCAGAUGUAGAAGAAAAAAGGUUCUAUUUUGAAAACUAAGUGGUACCCACCCAUGGGAACGGACUGUGGCCAAGCAGGUGUGGUGAGGGGGCGACACGCCGCCAGAACACGCUCACCCAGACGGGGAACUCGGACUUUCCUUCCCACUGGACCCCGCCGUGUUCAUCCACGCUGACUCACAGCUGGAGGACCUGGAGUCGGCAGAACCCUCGUAAGGACUGAGCUCCUCCCUGCCUGAACCCGCAGCGGGUGAACGUGACGAGUGUGUGUUUGAAUGUGCGCGUUGAAGCCAGUGAUAGCACAGACGCCCCCCCCGUGGGCCUCCAUAGCCUUCAAACAAAACCACACCUCGCCCGCGCUGCUCCUUACUGCUUCCAGAACCCCAGCGUGCCAAAUCCACUCAUACUUUCCAUGUGAGCUCUUAUUUUUGUGUGUUUGUUUUUAACUUCCUGUCUGUGCACACGCGGCCCGCGCCCUGCGUUUCCCAGCGUCGCUUCGAAGCUGACGCAGUAACUGCUGCUCUCGGUGGGAGUAGUACUCGCAGGUGACACGCUACAGCAAUACGAACCAUCUUUUAUUUUGGAGGAAACCUGUUUCUUUUCCCCUUUUAAUUUUAUUUUAUCACCACCACCAUCAGGCGUUGGAGCUGUGACCCCCUGAUGUUCCUCGUUUUAGUCCGUGUCCUAAAUCUUGCUCAGGUACUUCAUGAGCUGCAUCAAGCAAAGUCCAGCCUCUGGAUCCUCCACAGCUCGGCGGCCGGCGAGGCCGGAGGCUCCACAGAUCUUUAGUUUCCAAAUCAUGUUAGUGUAAGUGUCACUGUGGUGCUGCCGUUCAGUGAAAAAACGAUGCCUCUCAAUAAAUAUUUCUAUGUUUAGUACCGUGUGUGCGUGUACGUGCAUUUCAUACCGAAGUGAGGACAUUUUGGCCGGCGCUCACUUAUUUGAAGGCCUGUUUGAGAGUUAAGUUGUGAUUUUUAGGGCUGAGGUUCAUAUUAGAGCAAGGGUUAUACGUCUGCCUUUAGUUUUGAUGGAUAGUGUUAUGGUAAGGAGCAAGGAAAGGCAUUAUGUCAAUGGAGGUCCUCACUUCUAUGGAAGUACAAGGGUGUGUGUGUGUGUGUGUGUGUGUGUGUGUGUGUGUGUGUGUGUGUGUGUGUGUGUGUGUGUGUGUGUGUGUGUGUGUGUGUGUGUGUGUGUGUGUGUGUGUGUGUGUGUGUGUGUGUGUGUGUGUGUGUGUGUGUGUGUCUGUGUGUCACCAUUCGCGUGCCUCUGUUCUGGGGCAGCAGCUUUGCUUAUUUAGCUUUUUAACUUUAUUUUCUCUUUUGUUUCCUCUGUACUUUUGAUUUGCUGCCGUUUCGUUUGCCUUAUAAACACACAUGUAUUGACUCUCGCUCACUCACUGCACUUCAGUCUUUCCUCCUGUGACCCCUCCUUCCACUGCUGUUCUGUUCUGUUCUUUCCUGCCUAUCAGGAAUUCGAAGCUUGCUUUUCCCUGCAGAAGUGAAUACUGUGGGAGCAUCACACAUGUCCACCACUGUCACUGAGCGCUUUUAACAAGUGCUUCACCUUGUGGGGUGCCGUCGCUCAGAAUCACAUUCAUCUCUAAUUGUCCUGCUUUGAGUUUUAAGAUUUUAAGUCUGGAGUAAAAGGAAAAGGCUUUAAAGUAGCAAAGAAGCAAAAGUGAGAACAAUCAGGUUUGCCUCUGUGACUUUGCUUUGCUGACUGUGGUUUAUAGGACGAGUUGAACCGAUGUAAUAAACCAAACACAACAGCA